GUCUUGCAGUGUUAGGAUUUCUGCAGUGUGUUGUUCAGCUAGCCAGAACUAGCCUACUCGGGUCCUCACUGUUAAAUCUUUUAGAAAUGCAUUUCCUAACAGUUAGGAGGUGACUUUUCCUGACAUGUAAGCUUCCUACCUAGCUUUGGAGCUGCUGUCAAGAAGUGCUCAGGUUCAAACACUAAGCCAACUGAAAAUUGCUAGUAAUCUCAUGGCUCAUACUCCCACAGGAGUGGAUAUACAGUUUGGUUUCUCUUGAAAUUGUUUUAAUUCCUGCUGCUGUACAAAAAAGCUGUAGAAUGUGCAAAAAAUCUCCAGCAAAGUACCUUGUUAAUACAGAGGUAAGUAUCAGAUAUAACCUUAAUGUAGAGGCUUAUGAUUUAGGACCUCUGAUUUGCAGGUGGCACAGGUACGGUGCCACAUCAGUUUACUUAUUUUGUCUGGACUACAGUAAAAUAAUACAAGACUGGUGUUUGACUUGGGCAACUCACAAUCCACAACAGAAUGUUUCACUGUUUUUUGGUAAAAAAACAAACAAAAGAGGGAGAGAAAGUUCAAGCGUGAACUGGUAACUGAAAUCAUGUAAUGAAUUAUUAGUUUCAGUGUGGUUUUUUUUUUUUUCUACUAUAGUACCACAAAACUUCAGGACCAGUACCUAUGCUGAGAAAAAUGCAGUGUCUUGGAAAACUACUGUUAUAACCAUUUAUAUCAGUAAUUCUUUCAGGCAUGUAGAAAAAGCAGAGGAAGAAGGGAGUCAGGCACACAGACUAUGUGAUUACCCACAGGUGACUGGAGAGUUUGCUGGAAUUGGAGCUGACUUCUCUGGAGCCCCAGGUGGAUACCUGUUUUAUCCCAUAAAUUUUGGUCAGGUGAAUGCUUUCAAGUCGUUGAGGAAAUUUUCAUUUAACCAUAACUUACAAUGCCUCAUGAGUGGAUUAUUCACAGGGUAGCUUGUUCUGUUGUUGGUAUUAAUGGCAUAAUUGGGUCUUUCAGAGAACCUGGGGUCAGUAAGAACAUAAUGUCCACAUCUAAGUUUGGGAAAAUGCUUUGGUUCUAUGACAUUCUGCAUUUUCAGUCCAAAAGACUCUGAAAGGAAAUGCUACUUGCUGUUCCUUUGUUUGUGAAGGAGACAAGCUAGAUUGGGAGUGAGGAACUGAUUCACCUCUGUUGAUGAUGAUUUUUCUUUCUUUAUAUUAAAACUUUGAAUACAAAAGUAGUUUUGCUCCUCUUAAGAUAGCACUUGUGCUGAAUGUACCAAAUUCUACUGUCUGUGAAGAACUGUCUUAUAUAAGAGGCUGUAACAGAGAAGCCAAUACCUUUUUCUGGUUUUACUUCUGAAAUUUUGCACACCUCUCACUAAUCUGAACAGCUAUUUUUGGAUCAUACUGCUUCACAGUGAGCUUCACAAAUUCAGUGAAAGGUUUGGGUUUCUGUCUGACCUUUUACAUGUCUAUUAUAAUCUGGACAUUACUAUGCUAAGGUUUUCCAGUCCUCAUUUAUUUAGAGGAAGAAAGAAGGAAACAGAAUGAUGUUCAGGUGCGCCCAGGUUUUACAGUGCUUCCUUUAAAAAUACUGUAGCAAUUCUUUUGCCUCAGGAUCCCAUGCUGUAACUAAAACCCCUCCAGUUACUGAUUGUCCUUGGCAAUUUCACCUGCUGCCAAUUUUUUGUAUCUUAAUGUUAAACUUAUAGUGGGAGUUUAAAUGCAUUCUGUGACAUGCUGAUAUCAGGGAUCACUCCACUAAUAGUUAGUGUGUAACUAUAGGGAAUGGCACUGUUCUUUCUGAGCUCCACGAUGCUGUUGCUGGGGGAUAAAACUGGGUUCUGGUACUGAGCCCACUGGUUAAGAACAUUGCUGCAGAGACCUGUAUGUGAUUGCGUGGUGGGGAAAGAAUUAAACAAAAGCUGACUAGCUGUUCUACCCUCCUAAGUCGGAUUUACAGGAUUUAAGCAAAUCUGCUGGAAUUCCUUGAUCUUAUUCCUGUUCCUUACAGCUUGAGUAUUAUAUUAGCCCUGGGUAUGAUUGCUGUUAACUACCCCUCUUUUUAGGCUUUCACCGAAGAUCUCUAUGGAGGAAGCAUUAAUAUUUCAGCUGCUCUUGAUGAAUAGUGGUCCUGCCAGUUCUGGAGAAGUGGGUUGAAUUCCAGGGAUCCAGAAAUAUUUUAGAAGAUGGUACUUCUUGUUCCAAAAUGUCAAUACAGAAUAAUCUGGAAAAAUCAAAACAGAAAGACUCUGUAGAAAAUCAUAGGCUUAUUAGAAUAGAACUGUGGUUAUAUCAGGGUGAGAAGGUGAUUAGUGUUAAAUAGUGGGCUUAGAUAUUAGUUACUAUAUAACAGUGGGCUACUUCAAAUUUGCCCAUACAAGAAAGUUCAGUAUCUAUUUUACCUCAUCAGUAGAUACAUUACUGAUCUAAGCUGACAUAGUUAUAUUGGUAUAAUUUUUUUCUUUGUCUAACUCGGAGAGGGCCAUGUAGCCAUGAGAAGCUUUUGAGAAUCCUAAGAUCCACCUCUCUCAAGAAAAUGUCAUUACAUGUACCAGAAAACCAGGGGAGUCUUGGCAAGAAGGGAGUAGUUCCCGCAGAGGAGACAACUGCAAACCCCCUAUAUCUGUCCACAGUUCGUCAUUCUUCUAAAAAGUGAAUACAGACUUGGACUUCCAUUGCUUUUCUUGCACUGGUCUGUUUCCUUCAAAAAUUACAUUAUCUAGGAAAACCUUGCCUUGAGAGGGAAGCAACUUAAAAGCUACUGUGAGAGAAAUCCAGUGCAGGCUUUUGCUAAAGGUUUUGAGCUUAUGUGUCAGAGGUCUAAACAGGGAGUGUCUUAUGGGAGGGAGUUCUGAAGGACCAUCAGUAACUUCUAUUCCUGACUAAGGAACAAAUUUCUCUGAAUGCUAGUAGAUUUUCUGUUUGUGUCUCCAGUAUAUUAUUUCCUUGUGUUUUCACUGGAGUAAGUGCUUCUAAAUACCAACACAUUCCUGUAUUUUUAUUUUGUGCCUUUUUACCAGUGCUGCCUGAGAGUUACAGCGUGAUGUUGCAUCUAAGCUAUUUCCAUCCUCUGUUGCCCUGAUCGUCUCCCUCCCUCCCUUCAAGGAUAUAGGAGAUUUGCUCCUAAUUAACUGAGUGCAAUUCUUGGCCAAAUGCACUCCAGAAAGAGCUCCUUCCUACCACUCAGCAACUCCUGUAAAAGAUCCAGCAUGUAGUGAAAUUUCCUUGCCUUUGAUGACUGACUGAGGAUGAGGCAACACAAAACUGUCAAGUGAAUGAGUAAUGGGCAGUAAGUGAAGGAGCAAAAAAAGAGGCUUUUUGUCAAGCCAAUGGAUUUUUAGCAGCCCAUUCCUUGUUUUUAUGCUGAAGGUGUCUUUGGAAGUGCUACUUAGCAGACUUGGCCAAAAGUGAGCUCAUUUCUUAAGGUGACCUUCAUGUUUCAUGCUGCAGAAUACCAGGAGUUAAUCCUUCCAAAAUCAGAAUGUAAGUAUAGGACUGAGCUGAGAAGCAGCACAGGGAAUGUUUAAAAAAAAUCUGAUAUUGAACAGCUUCAAAUGGACCAAUUCCCUUCUUAGAUUUAAUAGUGUUAAAAACUUGUUGUAGCCUCAAACCCGAAUGCAUAUGAAGGAGCAGUAAGCUGAAAACACUACACCCCCCCCCCCAAAGGGAUUUUUCGUGGUAAUAAAAUAAUGAUCAACCCUCUGGAAAGCAUCCUAGCCAAUUGAGGGAAAAUAAAGCCCAAGGUCACGGAGAAGCUUGAUGGAAAAGAUCUCUGGAGGCAAUACCCAUGGGGCAAGAUGUAGGCUGAAAAUUGCGAAUGCACUGCCGAGAGGGUGUGCCACCUGUGGGUUUUCCAUGGGAAGAUCUGGAAGCUGCUUAACGUAAAGUUUUUUGGGUCCCAUUUACCUGGGCUCAUAUAUGAGGAGAGCUGACCUCGGGAAGCUGCGAGCAGAAAUGGAAAAGGCAUCCUGCUCACCCGGGUGCGGAGCAGCUAGCGUGGGAAAGCAGAGCCCGCCAGCUGAACGAGAAUGUGAUGCUUGAGGAACCUUCUGCCCGCUUUGUAUAGGAGGGAUGGAGAUCUCCAGAAUACUCGGGCUCCUUGUAGAGCUCUCGAGUCUGCUGUCCUGUCUCAGAUGUGUGGAGGCUUUCCUGGGAUCCCAGCCCAACCAAAACCAUUUGCAGAGUGCAGCAUCCAGCGGCUGUGCUGUUGGACCCCUGGGGUAUUACAAUGGCUCGCUGGCAGUCACUGAGGCCGGGGCAGAGUGCCUCAACUGGGCAGAGUUCCCCGAUUAUGUCCAGCAGUACCCAGACCGUGGCCUGGGGGACCACAACCACUGCAGGAACCCGGAUGGGGGAACGACACCCUGGUGCUUCUACCGGCUCUCGUCGGGGGCCAUCGGCUGGUCCAACUGUGACUGUAACCAAGGUGCUGUGCGGUUGGCUGAAGAUGGUAGUGUGGAGCUGUACUUCAAUGGACUCUGGGGUACCAUCUGUGCUGACCACUGGACUGACUGGGAUGCCAGUGUUUUCUGCAGGCAACUCGGUCUCAGUGAGAUUGGCACAGCUGGGAAGAAGAGUCAUCCUGGACCGUGGCCUGUUCCCCUGCACCUGCAGUCAGCAAACUGCCAUGGGGAUGAAAAAGCCCUGCUGCAGUGUGACUAUCGGGAAGCUGUGUCAGGAGCUUGUAAGCAAGGGAGUGCCAUGGUAACUUGUGUUCCUCCAGAAGGUGUAGGUGCCCCACUGCGUAUUGUUGGGGGGAAGGAGAGCUUUGAAGGGCGAGUGGAGGUUUACCACGAUGGCAAGUGGGGCACCAUCUGUGAUGACCAGUGGGAUGACCGGGAUGCUGAAGUAGUCUGUAGACAACUGGGACUCAGUGGGACCCCAAAAGCUUUGUCAUGGGCUCACUAUGGUCAGGGAUCUGGCCCAAUCCUGCUGGAUGAAGUGCAGUGCUCUGGCAAUGAACUCUCACUUGACCAGUGCAAGAAGAGUGACUGGGGACAGCAAAACUGUGACCACAUUGAAGACGCCGGGGUCUCCUGUGACCCUUUCACAGAGGGCACUGUCCGGCUGGCUGGUGGACGCAGCCCCAGCGAAGGCAGGGUAGAAGUUUAUUACAAUGGAGACUGGGGCACAGUAUGUGAUGAUGGCUGGACAGACCUCGGUGCCCAGGUGGUGUGCAGGCAGCUGGGCUUCAGUGGUCCUGCUGCCCUGGCUUCUGAAGGGGACUACGCUGCUGGCCAAGGCUUUAUCUUACUGGACGAUGUGGCGUGUGUGGGGACAGAGCUGUCCCUCCUGGAAUGUCCCCACAGCAACUGGGGGCAGCAUGACUGCUCACAUGCCGAAGAUCUGGGAGUCCGCUGUUCCCCAGAAAGCAACACAGUCAUGGACGGCAGUCUGGGGCCUCCUGUACGGUUGGUGGAUGGAGAGAGCACUAAGGAGGGACGGGUUGAGGUGUUACUGAAUGGGCAGUGGGGCAGUGUCUGUGAUGAUGACUGGACGGACAGAGAUGCCACAGUGGUUUGCAGGCAACUGGGAUUCAGUGGUACAGCAAAAGCCAGAGCAAUGGCUUAUUUUGGUGAAGGCCAUGGGCCCAUCCAUCUGGACAACGUAGAAUGCAGUGGCACGGAGCACACCCUGGGGCAGUGUGCCAGGUCUGACACCAGGAUUCACAGCUGCUGGCACAGUGAGGAUGCUGGUGUGAUCUGUGACUACGUGGAAGAGAAGGUCCAAGAUAUCAGAAGAACAGGUCCAGAGUCUGGUGUGUGUGGGAUGCGCCUUCUCCACCGUCGCAAGAAAAGGAUCAUAGGUGGAAACAAGUCUCUCAGAGGCAGUUGGCCAUGGCAGGCCUCACUACGGCUGAAGGGUUUUCGGCGAGAUACUCGUCUGCUGUGUGGAGCAACACUCAUCAGCAGCUGCUGGGUGGUGACUGCAGCCCACUGCUUCAAGAGGUUUGGUGUUGAUGUGCGGCGCUACCUGCUGCGGGUGGGCGAUUACCACACAGGUGUGAAGGAUGAGUUUGAGAGGGAGCUGCCUGUGGAGCGGAUUGUCCUGCACAGGAACUACUGGGCUGGCAGCAAUGACAAUGACAUAGCCCUGGUCCGGGUGCGAGGCAGAGAGGGGCACUGUCUCUCCUUCAAUCGCCAUGUUCUGCCCGUCUGCCUGCCCGACAGGAAAGAGAGGUCUGACAUCAACAGGCAAGCCUGCAUCAUCUCCGGCUGGGGAGACACAGGGAAGUCCUAUUCAAGAACCCUGCUGCAGGGGGUGGUGCCUCUUCUCCCCCGGGAAGACUGUGAGGUCCGCUACGGGCAGAAGUUCACUAACCGCAUGAUUUGUGCCGGGAACCUCUCUGAAGAUAAACGGGUGGACAGCUGUCAAGGGGACAGUGGAGGGCCACUCAUGUGUCAAAGGUCGAAUGGGCGCUGGAUCAUUUUGGGCAUCACUUCUUGGGGGUAUGGCUGUGGUCGGAAGGAUUCACCCGGUGUGUACACAAAGGUCAGCAAAUUCGUACCCUGGAUCAAGAGAGUCACCAAGCUAAAAUGAAAGUGACUGGGCUCUAGGAACUUCAGCAUAUGGUCCUUUUGCCCUGCAGCAGCAGAAGGCUGCAGCUUCUGGUCUGUGACUGAAGGAGAUUUAUUCUGUCAUCAGACACUGGCAAAGGACUUUAAUGUAGAACUGGAAGAAAAACAGUUAUGACUGAUGCUUUAAAGUCUUUGAUUUCACUUUAGUCUGUAAUCUGUAAGCAGAGAAAGCAGGUGCACACUCGUAACAAUGAUAAGUAUAUGUUGCCCUAAGUAUCUGAGUCCUGUAAUGCAGUCACACUUGUUCCUUUGCCCUGGCACACAGAAAUGGUAGAAGCAGAGAGAUACCUGCUGCUGAAAAUCAAUUUCUAUUUGUAUGUUUGGACAACUGAAAAAUGCUGCCAGGAGAGGUGAGAUGCUUGGAAGAUGGCACCAGGUGCUGGCAUAAUGGAAAUCUUCAGAUAUUUUUUCAAAACAGCUCUCUUCAGUUCCAGGAAUCAGAAGAUUUGAGCUGAGCUGGGCUUUUUUUCUUCCCUGUUAUGUCUCUAGGGGGAACCUUUUCUCUUCUGAAUAAUACGUCUGCUUCCAUAUGAUCCCUUUCAAGUGUCUACCCCUGCUAAGAGAUACUUGUCCUUUCUGCUGUAAUCUUCUGUCACACAUUUCUAGGUGCCAGAUGCUUUGGUUUUAUUGCUGCUUUCUCACUAUAGUGGUUCUUUGUGUGUGUUUGUUUUCUUGCUUCCUUAAAGUAGCAUCUCCUAGUUGUUGGUGUGGGAGUAAAUCUUCAUUUUUAAGAGACAGUAGCUUUCUUGCCCUUAUGAUUACUGUGAAGAACUUAAAAAUAUGACCUCAA